AAUUUAUAGUCCACUUUCUACUUUUUCACGAGAAACGGGUCCACAAAACUUUACCCAUAUUUGUGUUAACGAACUCACUCAUGCUUAACAAACCGUACCAUAGUAGUUUAGAUCGUAGAAAGAGUUCAGUUAACCAGAUCAAAUCGCAAAAAUCUUACCAAAAAUUCAAAUUAUUCGUCACUCCCGCCUAUUGUUACUGAUACAAAAAAGCUUCUGCAGCAACACAAAAUGGAAUCCGAAUCACCAUUUCCAAAUUCCACCGAAGAGAUCGUCGCUUCAGCUCUUCUCCUUCUAUCCUCGUCUCCAUGCAGCGAGGGAACCACAUGUACGUGCCAUUCUGAUUGUUCUGAGAGUUUGUUGGUGUGUAAAUCGUGUUCGAGGUCGUCUGCUUCGUCUACUGUGAGUAGCGAUGAUGCAUCAUCGGAUGAAGCUCAUGGAAGCGGUCUUCGUAUGGUUGCUAGUGCUAUUGCUCAUUCUGAACACGAGAUGAAGUUUAAGGUGGUGAGAAAGAGCAGAUCUAAGACGUUAUGGAUUUCCGAUUGCCGGAAAAACUCUAGCGUGGAACAGAAAUCUUUUGUUGUGUCCGGUAGCUCGUCGGAGACGACAGAAGGCUCGUCGUGUUUAUCAGGUGGCUCCAGCAGCUUGGUUUCCAGCUCAGAAAGCUGGAAGUCGAAGACAAAGGGAGAGAAGCCGUCGGCUCCGGUCAGCUCCUCUCAUCUAAUCCGCCGGUCUGAAGCCAUAUUGGAAGUGCUUGCUCACAAUGGAUCCGCUUCGGAAGUCCGCAUACGUCAGUUGCUCGGCGACAGCCCCGACACCAGCAAAGCCUUGCGCAUGUUGCUGAAGAAAGAGGAGGUGAGAAGGUCAGGAGCUGGAGGGAGAACUGAUCCAUUCAUUUAUCAGAUAGUUGCAGGAUAAUUGUUAUGUGUAUAUUUCGGUCACUAACUACAGUAUAUACAUACAAAUUAUAGCAAGAUCCUACUAAUAGGGAAAUUUUGUUUUUCAAGAAAAAUAUAUAGAUUUAAUGUCUAAUAAUGAAAUAUAUAUAAACAUAUAAGACCAAUUUUAUGUUGUGGUUUUAGUUUAUAUAGAGUAUUAUUUGGCAAAAUACAUGAGACUAAUAAUUGAAAUGUAAGCAAAAAUAUCUUGUUCAUGUGUCAUAUCUUUAUUGUCUGGUUUUAAGACUUUUGUUAUAUUACAAGUUGAUAUCUUGUAAUGAAUGAUUGAUAAUAUCAUGUCAUAUCUUGUAAUUUGGGGGUUUUCUAUUGGCAAAUAAGAAUAAAAAUUUAGGUUUUCUUCCUAAGUGGACAUUUCAUUCAUCAAAUUGUAUGAAGAUUUAGGAUUGUUGCUAUUAGUCAAGGGAUGUUUGUUAUGGUUGUUAUUUGGAUCCAACUCACUUUAGUGCAUUUAAUCCAUCCUAAUUUUACCAUAUAUAAAACAGAAAAUUAGUAGAGAACAUGUUCUGUCCAACCAUUUGCACUCCAGUUUUAUAAUUUUUUUUUACAACAUUUCUUCAUUCUAAUGAAAUAUUUCUAUUUAUUAUUUUAUUGGAUACAUUACAAAACAUUUUUUCUUAAGUUUUUUGGUGUCAGCAAAAUAAACUAAAAAACCUCAUACCAGUUUGAAAUCUAGAUCAUUUUCCUUAAGUUUUUUAUACAAACUAAUAUGAUCGUCAACAAUAACAAACUUUCCAACUAAUAUUCAUUCGGAUCCGAUCUCAGAGGUCUGAUCAAGACGUAAAGUGUAAACCCUAGAAACCUUCAGCCACUGAAAGAAAAGUAGAAAACCAAUCGCACCCUAAAAAAAUCCAACCCAUGAAGUUCGAAAGUCGAAAUUGAAGCCCACAAGGUGAAGUUACAGAGCGCCGAGCUUGAAUCCUUGAACCAGAACUCAAAAUUGAAGCCACUCAAGAAGAAUCAAGCUACAAUAUGAAGAAGAUGAAGAAGAAGAUGAGGAGGAGGGUGGUGCUCUGGUUACAAAAAAAGAAGGGUUUGGAGGUGCCACAUGUGGGAGGUGUGGGGAAGAAAUCCAUAUGUACCACAGGUACUACUACACAUGCACCAUUUGUUCAUCAUCAUGUGAUGAUAAGAAGGUCUUCUCACUUCACAAAUUUUGUGGUGAGUUGCCACCAAGGUUGGAGAAAGCAUUACACGUGCAUCCUCUUAUCCAGCGACGACUGACAGUGAAUUAUAGUUGGUGCUGUCAUAUUUGUGGGAGUGAUUACAGGUAUCCAGAAACACAAAUGAUUUAUGACUGUAAUGAAUGUUGUUUCCACAUUGAUGUAAAGUGUGCCAUGGAAGUAGGAAAGAAUGUGAUCCAUCAUCCCUGCCACCCUCACUUGCUGAUGUGGGCCAUCCCUAUACCCAUUUUAUGCAAGUGUAGUGCCUGUGGGAAGGAACAUAAGGGGAUGUUCUAUCAAUGUAUCGCCUGUGUUGGCUUCACCAUACACAGUGAAUGUGCUUUCCUACCAGAAACAUUGUUAAUCCAAGAGAGAACAUAUGGUGCUUUUUAUCAUACUCAUCCCCUCACCAUUUCAUAUUCCUUCCCCUUUAUAGAUCAAGACGCUAAACAUAAUCCCAGAUGCAGAGUAUGUGGUGGUGGUUUUAAUCGUACGGAGGAUCUUUGGAUUUACAAAUGCGAUAAAUGUCUCUACUACACCCAUCUGGAUUGCGUAAGAGUGCCUCCGCUUGCUGACCUUGGGAAAACCAUUAAAAAUUAUGAAGAUGUUGACCAUCCUGGUCUUCUCCGUCUCCCAUUCCCUGAUGAAACAUACAACCUACAAAAACACUUGUUUUUCCAACAAACCACUACUCAUCAUCAUCAUCAUCAUAAGAUUAACGUAGAUGAUCGCCUAACACACAAGAGUCAUCAACACACUCUGAUUCUAGUUGAUCAUGGGCAAACCUCCUCCUCCUCCUCAAAUUCUUUGUUAUUAAUAAAGUGUCAUGACCCAAUGAAAAAGACCCAACUGCUAUGCAACGGAUGUCUCAGACCAAUCAUGGAGACCAUGCAGUUUUACAUAUGUGCUCAGCGGAGUUGCAAUAACUUUGCUCUCCAUGAGUGGUGCACUUGACUCCCCCCAAUAAUAGAAAACCACCCGGGUCACCCGGAACAUACCCUCAAU